AUGAUCAACACCAUCGGACCCAUCAUACGCAUGAUCAACAUGCUCAUAGAGGCCAACACCGCUCUCACUCUCAUUCGGAGGAGCGCGAUACGGCCCUCAAGAAGCCGGGGUUCCGCGAUGGCUGCAUUCCUGAAGGCGACGCUAAGGCUGCUGACUAUGAACCUCACAUCAAGAAACUCAUUCUCCGUGUGA